AACCAUUGACUCUCCAACAGACGUGAACACCACCACCACCUCUCAAGCACACUGUUUACACUGACCUGUGGCGGGGUACUCAACCUUUCUCUCUUGUAGCCCAACAGUCAGCCACCAUUAUCACUAUAUAUAAGAAAACAUAUACCAAACAUGUAUACUGUAUUAUUAAUGAAGAUAUAGUCGUAUAUUAUAUAUUAAGUCGCUGACCUUCAUCACGAGUCAGAAACAUUUCACUGUCUGUGUAGAAAUUAUAAGUAAUUGCCUCCCUCAGUAUACGACCUGACAAUAAAGUUAUCCAAAAAAUUGUCAUUUAAACAAAACAUUAUUUACUCCUCACCAAGAUGACGAGUUUCCGCAGCUGCUUGGUGACCGUGGUGCUGCUGGUGAUGACGAUGGUGAACCUCUCCAACACUCUACCAAGCACCAACACCACCGGCGGCUAUCAGCAAGGCUUUCUCUACCUGACGCCUCAAAAACGGCUGAAGAUGCCGCCAUCAAGCCUGUUGGUCCUCACACCCACUCUCAGCCUCCCAAUGGGCCGUGAUCUCCCCAUCGGCUACGGGUCAUCGGUCACCAUCUCUUACCCCUUCAGGAUUGCCUUUGAUGACCUGGGCAUGACCUCCGAGGACAACACCUGGGGCCUUCUGAGGACGAAACGCGAAGCCCCGAAGCGCGGUGACCUGGCUGGUGGUGACAGGGAGGUGCUGUACAAGGUGGUGGAGGACACCUUACAGUCAGUGGGUAUGGACGGCAAGGCGUGCCUCCUGCGUGCCAUCUGUGAGAUGUAUGACAUCGAACUCCAGAACUACGGCUUCUUUGGUGAAGUUUUCGAGUUAUUCCUCAGUCCCAGCAGGUCGCCCCAGGCAGCGAGGCGCCUCCAGGAGUACACUGAGGCGGAACAGCGAGGCCAGACUGAGGGGAGGUGCCUCCAGUACCACCAGGCGUGUCCCUAUUCCUUCUUCACUGACGCCCCUCCUGCCUCCCAACAGGAGCAAAGCGCUGUAACCAGCACGUAAGACCCUGCCUCUCCCUGGUGCCGUGAGCAGGAUGGACUAGCUCCGAGCCUCUCGUCCGGUUAAGGAGCAAAUGACACACAAACCGUUCCUGGACAGUCGACUGACCCUCGAUCAAUGCCUAAUAUAUGAAACAUUUGCGUCUACUUGCUGGUCAAGAUAAAAGUCAAUAUCUUCGUUAAUAUUGUUAUUGAAGUGUUAUAAUUAUUUAUUGAGUCAAUUACUGUGUCUUUUUGUAUUGUCUAACUGUGGGUGAUCUCUGACGCUGCAGUGAUCAUCCACGUGUCUUCCUCGGUGGAGAAAAACAUUCAAUAAACAAACAUUUUCC